ACCCAGUCGGGGAGGAGUUCAACGCAAGCUGUUCGUUCAGCAAGCAGGAAAUAAUAUUACAACGUGAGCUGCACAGUAGUAUGUCAGGCAGGGCAUGUAGUCGCUGCAACUGAGGUUCUACUGGGUAGCCCAAAGCUUUGCACCCCACGGUAUCUCGACUUGCCUCCGUUUAAAGGAUCGCCUGGGAAUGCAGCUGAAGGAACUGAGUUCAACUAUCACUGUGGUGAACAGCAUCAUUGGAGUGUCUGUGCUGACUCUACCAUUCUGCUACCAACAAUGCGGGGUGGUGCUGGGUUCCUUGCUGCUGCUCAGCUGCUCCUGGAUGGCCUACCGUUCCAGCAUGAUGCUCAUUGAUGCCGCCCUCUCCGCCAAUCGCAAAACCUACUUUGGUCUGGCUCAAGUAUCCUUUGGAGUGCCAGGGAAAAUAUUCAUUGAAAUAAGUAUGAUCGGGUUGCUGCUCGGAACAUGCAUCGCCUUCUUUGCUGCCUUGGAAGAUCUGGUAGCCAGCCUCUUCAUGAAGUUGACUGGAUCCUCGAUAUUGCCCUGGCAACACGCCCUGCUACUCUGCACCAUCACCUCUAUAUCGGUCUUGCCCCUCAGCCUGCAGAAGAUGGUGUCAAACUCAGCCUGGCAAUCGCUCACCACCAUCAUCUUUUACAUCCUUUUAAUGUUUGUGCUGGUGGUGAGCUGCCUGAGGUCGGCGCUGUCUGGCGGGCUGAGUUGGGACGAGGUCCACUUGUGGCACUGGUCUGGGGUCACCAAGUGUCUGCCGAUCCUCGCUACCUCAUUCUGUGGUCACCCGCUCGUGCUUCCGAUAUACUUCAAUUUCCGAGGGCAGUCAGUGGAGCAGAUGAACCGAGCAUUCAAGUACGCAAACAUCAUUGUGGUUACGUUUUAUGCCAUGAUCGGAUUAAGCGGCUACCUGGCAUACACCGGGUCAGUGCCAGGGGACAUCCUUGCUGCUCUCCCGCCCAGCCUGGUGACGGAUGGGAUACGGAUCAUAUUCCUGGUGUCCCUCACCUCCAGCUUCCCUCUCAUCAUUCUGCCCUGUCGCCAGGCCAUCAACACGCUCCUCUUCGAACAGCAGAAGGAAGAUGGCACGUUCUCAGUGAGCGGUGACAUGCCCUUCCAUCGACAUGUAACAUGCACGGUGAUGAUAGUGUUCUGCACCAUGAUAAUGGGUGUCCUGGUGCCCGAUGUGCAGACGGUCUUGGCUGUCAUGGGCUCCACAAUGGCCAGCGUCAUCUGUUUCAUUUCUCCGUCUGCAAUUUAUGAGAAACUACGCGGAGGAACCCUCAGAGGACGAGUAAUUUUCGGAAUGGGAGUAACUCUCCUCCUUAUCCGGGCGUCCAGCAUCUCCAACUUGACUGCCAUGGAAUUCCUGCAACAGCCAAUGCGAAAAUCCAUCGUGCCCAUAGAAAAGAUCAACGUACACCUGGCCAACACAACCUCGGGUAACCCCUGACACCUGUACUGAUCAAGAAUCUAUCUAUCUCUGCCUUAAAAUAUCCAUUGAUGUGCAGCCCUAUUGUACAACUGUGCCUUCGUGAGGAAUUGCCUUUCACCCUUGAAUGAUUCGGCUGUAAUACUAAGUGAAGAUCAACGUGUGCUGGAGUCCUGACCAGUGGGGUCAGGCUACGGGGAUCUGAGAUCCUGCAUUCUAACUCUGAAAGUACACCUGACAUUUACCUCUCUUCCCAGGCCACCCCUAUAAUACAGGAUAUUAAGUGAUGGAACUGACCCCUUCAAGUGAACUGGCGAAUGUGAGCAAGACUUCAGUGGAGGAGUUGAACGAGGGAAUCGCAGUGUGAGAAAUCGGCCAUCUCCUCCACACCGGUCACUCCUUCUCGUGAGGUGACGGAGACCUGGAGCGGGGGCCGUACAUCGCCCGGCGCGGCCUCAAAUGGCCGUGGGACUCACCAUCGCCCGCCUGGGGCUUCGACAUCGGGAGAGAAAUGGAGAACGGGGGAGAGAAAAGACUUUGCCUUCCAUCACAGUGAACCCACUGUGAUGGAUGUUUUUGUAAAUUGAAUUGUGUGUAUGUCUAUAGCAUAUUAUCUUUGUUUGUAUGGCUGUGGAAAGUGAGUUUUGUUUGAGCCUCACUGAGGUUCAAAUGACAUGUAAUAAAUAUUGAUUGAUUGAUUGAUUGAUUAUUGAGAAGUCCUGAAAGGACUGGAAGGAACUGUCAGACUUUAUACUUUAGAGAUGCAGCGUGGAAACGGGCCCUUUAGCCCCACCGAAUCCGCGCCGACCCGCAAACUAGCUCUAUCCUACACCCUAGGGACUAUUUCGAAUUGUAGCAAUGUCCUGGUGCCAUCACAACAACCUAGAGCUCAAUGCUCUUAAGACAGUGGAAUUCAUUGUAGACUUCAGGAGAGCUUCCCCUUCCCCUCACCCCACUCGCCAUCAACAACACCGCAGUCACAUCUGUGGAGUCUUUUAAGUUCCUGGGAACCAUCAUCUCCAAGGACCUUAAAUGGGGGCUACCAUCCACAGUCACAGUCCACAGUCAAAAAGGCACAACAGAGGAUGUACUUCCUACGGCAGCUGAGGAAGCACAAUCUGCCACAGGGUUUGAAGAAGGGUUUCGGCCCGAAACGUUGCCUAUUUCCUUCACUCCAUAGAUGCUGCUGCACCCGCUGAAUUUCUCCAGCAUUUUUGUGUGCCUGCCACAGGCAAUGUUGGCCCAAUUCUACACGGCCAUCGUAGAGUCUGUUCUCACUUUCUCCAUCAUGGUCUAGUUUGGCUCAGCCACCAAGCACGACACCUGGAGGCUGCAGCGAAUCGUCCGAUCAGCAGAGAAGGUUAUUGGCUGCAACCUUCCCUCCAUUGACGAUCUGUACACUGCAAGGGCCAGGAAGCGAGCGGGCAAGAUCAUCUUGACCCCUCUCACCCUGGCCACAAACUCUUUCAAUCACUUCCCUCUGGAAGGCGACUCCGGACUGUCAAAGCUGCCACAGCCAGACAUAAAAACAGUUUUUAUCCACGAGCAGUAGCUGUACUCAACAACCAAAAAUCUGUAGCCUCCUUUUGCUCUGGUGUUUUAUUUAAUUCACAUGUUUAAUAGAUAAUGUUUUAUUAUUAUUGUUUAACGUUUUAUGUGACAUUCUUAACUGUCACUGCAUGUCAUGUUGUCACAUGCGGGCAGAGCACCAAGGCAAAUUCCUUGUAUGUGAAUACUUGGCCAAUAAACUUAUUCAUUCGUUCAUAUCCAUGUGC